AUGAAGGCAGAAAGGAUUGAGAGCAACGAUGAUCUACUAACGGAGUUACUUCUUCUGUUGCCGCCAAAAUCCGUAUUCAGAUUUAUGUCCGUUUCGAAGAGAUGGAAUAACAUCAUCAAAAAUCCCUAUUUUCUCAAGAACUACACAAUAAAACGACGUCGUCGUGGUGUUCAUAUGUUGGCCUUCAUCCAGAGAACUUUCAUUCGUUGCAAAAAACAAAUCCAGGUAGUACCUAUUUGUGUUAAUAUCUCGGAUAAUAUUAAGGGCAUGAUCGGAAGAUUCGGCCGCUUUUUCAACCCCUCCGGUGGUCUAAUCCUCUGCAGCAGCGGGCCCACCACGUACACCGUCUUCAAUCCGGCAACCGCAAGGUGGGCCCCACUGCCGCCUGCUUCCCCACGCAACGAGGAAUUCUACUCGUCGCUUGACGGAUUUUCGUGCGUGGGGAACACGGAUGAGCUCACCCCGAACUACACCGUAGUUCGGGUGUGCCACCGCGUAGAAAAUACUAUCAUAAUCGAGACGUUCUCAUCCACCACCGGAGAGUGGGCCCUAUCCACGCUUACGGCGGCGCGCACUGUCGAGCGCCUCUACACGCCUCCGGUGGUGGCGGGCGGUGUUUUCCACUGGCUUGUAACCGACCGGAGCGUCGCGGUUUACGACCGCGACGGAGGAAAUCACUUGCGGUUGAUUCAGUUGCCGAUCAUCCCUGAUUUUUUCACUUACAUUAUCAUUGCGCGGUCCCCACAGGACAACAUGUUAUGGUUCGGAACGGUGAAAUUGAGGCGCCUGAAGUUAUGGAAACUUGAGGACAAGGGAGAAGGUGGGACCCACCACACGAGCGGUGGCGACGACGAAUGGGAUUUGAAGUACGACGUAUGCCUCGAACCUUUGUACAAAUCACCAGAAGACAUAAUUAAAAAUGAUAGAUGGGACAAUUUUUAUCUUAUGUGUGAGCCCGGGAGCGUGGUUUCGUGGGACCCACUCGUCGUCUUGAUAAUGACGGGUGGUGUAUGGUUUCUUUACAACUUAGAUACCGAGUCCGGUGAGUUGAUAGACGGUUGUUUUUCGAGUGGCGACGGAGGUUAUAGUGGUUCUGUUUCUCCAUUCUAUGAAUCUUCUUUUUUGUCUUCCUAUGCUCUUUAA